GUUGUGAAAAGAAACAGACGAGAGGAGUGGGGAAAGAUUUGUGCGGAAUAACUUUCAAUGUCUCCUGUUGGGAGCGAAGUAUAUCAGACGAGAGAGGGCGCAGAUGAAGAGACGCUAACUUCUGGAGUAACCGUGCGGCAGAGGCGGUUUAUCUUUGCGUUGUAGUUUCACCGAAUCUGGCAAACUCACCGAGAUUGAUGUCUUGAUCUUUCCGGUGCUACGGGCUCGGAACGGGAACCAUGUCCACGCUACUCGGCGGGGCGCUUGUUGCUCCGGUCUCCACACAUGAAUUGUGAGUGAAAAGCAACUGUUGUCAGGACGUAGCAGCCGUCGUGUCGUGCCCGUUGCGGCACGGCUACGACGGGAGCAGCGGCAUGCGGGGAUUAGCGAGAGGCGGUAGUUCCUCCUCCUGGUUCGCCCCGUCGUGGGUGCGAGUUGUCUUUUCUGCGGGGAUUUUCCUUGAAAAACCUACCUACUCCGGAGCCGUGUUGCAGUUGGAUUCAAGGAGCAAAAGUGAACCGAGUGCGACCCCGAGCACCACACCGCUGAAACUUCUCGCGAAAAUAAAGGCUUCACCUCCAGCGGCAAUUGUGCCACCUGUAACGGAUGUGGAUGCCACUGCGUCAGUAGAAGUGUCCGGCGGAAAAGAGAUCCACGCGGCGGCCGCUGAUCGUGAAGAUCUCCAUGAUGAAGUAGGACAGGAUACAGAUGCAAUAGCAGUUGCAGACGACUCGAGUGCAGCUGGCGCCACUGCACCAGGGAAAAAUGCGAGAACUGUUAUCACCAAGGAAGACCUAGCUUCUACCCCUGGUGAGACCAACGCCCUCGUCGCGGUUGCUGACGCAGGCGAAACCAGUUCCCGUGACACGACGAAGCAGCUCUGGCCCCCGUGGAAGCGGAAAAACUGUCCGCAGCCGAAGUGUCCCCAGCCGAAAUGUCCCCAGCCGCGCUGCCCGAAGCCGCACUGCCCGCAUUGCCCAAAGCCUUUGUGUCCGAAACCGGUGUGCCCGGUGCCGAUCUACUGUCCGGAACCAAAGCGGCAGCUGCCGCCCCUGCCCCCGCAGCCCAAGAAGAUUGACGGUACCAAUGGGCACGUUACCGUCUGGGUGCCGAAUUGUCCCGAUGGCUGGACGCCGGUGACGGUUCCGAACGCGGCGAGACGGACGACGACGGAUACGAUCUACUACCUGGUUCGGUAUUUCCGCGACACGCCGAAGCCGCGCAAGGCCGUCGACCGGUUCUGCCGUGUGCGCUACGUGCCGCACAACCGCAUGCGCUUGCGGUUCGGAAAUCGAAUUUUGCCGGACUUCCCGACGAACGUGCAGGGCCCGACGUUGCAGAUGUACGGGGCCGGCGGCGUUGGGACCUUUGACGGCGUGGAUGUGGCACAGAAAGCGACGUUUUUGCCGCAGUUGGAGCGUGUGACGAAGGGGAAAAACAGGGAAAGAAAAUUCAUCAAACUAGUGUGGUUCGGGGAUUAGGGUGUUUUGGUUUGUGUUGUUCGUCCGUCGACAUGCCUACAUGAUCUUGAGCUCGUGCGCUGAUUUCAGCAAUUUCUAUUUCUUGCGCUAAACGCGCUUUACUUGGCAUAACGGGCAAAACUUUUUUCUUUUCAGAAACGUCGAGUCAGUGUCUCCUUGUAGGUCGACCUGUUUAUUGAUUCUUUUUUCCAGCGGCAGCAUGCAAAAGAUGAUCGGAAACUGUUUCACCGUUUACGUUGCUGUUUGAGUGCCUUCUCCAGGGAUGUUCUUGUUCACACUUUUUACAGAAUCUUGACAGUAGCUCAAUUGAACAUCACAGAGCAUUGACAGCAGCACCAGACAGCAUGUGGACAGAUGAAGUCAGGCAACAGAUUGUGCUACGCCACCGUAAAUCAAGCAAAGGUGGACCUGCGAUGGGCUGAAAAAUUACAUGCGAUGAAACGCAAUAAAUUCAAACACGCGACACACUUCUCACCUACACCUUGACCUUUUCAGCAGUCAAAUUUUCGAUUCAAAAAUCAGAGUUGAUGUUCGUGUUACGAUCUGCAUCCGUGUGGCCCGAAAGGUCAUAAUGUUUCGGUCAGUGGUCACCAGCUCACAUGACUCACUCUAAUUGCAACAUCAGGAACUCUUUUGUCAAUCCAUGCAUGGUCCUCGUCGGUCCUCUCUCCUCUAGAUCAUAUACCAUUUACUUUACUGAUUUUCAGGCCAUUGCUGGGACACAUUCACAACUUCUUGCUCCUUCUGGUACAUCCUUGCCAUACCCCUUCAAGUAAACCUACCCGUAAAGGACUAGACAUCACGAUCACGACGCUGUCGUGCCUUCCACCAAACAAAGCAGGAGGCCACAAUCUAAAUCUAUUCCAUUGAAGAAAAACAGGGACCCUCUGCAGUUGAC